CUACAGCCACCCAUAAUGACAACAAUGACAUACACACAUGUUCGUUGUGUUUUGUGUUCAGUGGUCAGGCUAGCUGGGUCGACUCUGUGUUCUGGAAGAGUUGAAAUCUACCACAGAAACUCGUGGAGAACAGUCUCUGAUGAUGGCUGGGACUUCACUGACGCUCAGGUAGUCUGUAAUGAGCUGGACUAUGGAACACCAGUUAAUGUCACGCACUUUGGUGAAGGAUCCGGAGAAAUCUGGUUUGAUAAUGUGACGUGUUCAGGAAAUGAAACAUCUCUAACUGAGUGCAGAAGAUCUGAGAUAAAAAGCAGCAGACUCCAUAAAUAUGCUGGUGUUAUCUGUUCAGUCCCUCUGCAGCAGCCCAGCAUCUCCCUGACAUCCCCUAAUGGAGGACUGGUCUGGGGUCCUGAAGGUGCAGAGAUCACCAAGGGCUCCAGCUUCGUCUUCAGCUGCUCCAUUAACUCCAGAUAUACUCCAGGACGUUUCAGGCUCUUCUUCUCUGGCGUGAACCUCACAGAGCCUGCAGUCAACCACUCAGCCAGCUUUAGUUUCCCUGCAGCUGAGUAUGAACACCGGGGCAACUACAGCUGUGUGUAUGAGUUACUGCUGCCAUCAAGGACAUUCACUUCUCUUGAGUCAGCACCAAUUCAUUUCAUCAUCACAUGUGAGUAGAGCACAGGACUCAA